AACUUAUGGUUUUAUAAACUACUCCCUUUAUUAAACCAUAGUUAUUGUAUCUAUAAAAUUAUGUUAUUUUGAUUAUGGGCAAUCUGGUAGAUUUUAUUUUUUAACCUUGAAAAUGUGUUACCAAUUAACAAUCACUAGGGAAUGAAGGAUAAAGAAAAGGAAAUACCUUCAGUUCCUACUUCAUAUCGUAUUUUAAUAAAGGGAGCCUCUGCAAAUGAUAAUAAACAAAUACGUUUAAAUGUAGAUGAUAAACGUCAUGUGUGGCGUCAAUGCUCUUUUAAGAAUCCAGCAAGGUCAGACGGAUUAGUGUUGAGGCAUUGGCGCCACUUUGAAAAGGGCACAGAAUAUCUUUCAUCAGCCAGAAAACAAAGGAAAGUCGUGAGAAACAAGAUUUGUAAGAAUAUUGAUGACGAUUCGACCUGUACACUUGCCAGAAUUGAUGAAGAGGAUUCAGUACUUGACUCAUACUCAUUUGCCAGAGUAAAUCCCUCUGUUAAAAUUUAUCGUUACUCCGAUGAUUUUUAUAUGUUCCAUUUAGCCGAUUUGGACCCAUCGUGGACUAAGGAUGAGACUGAUUUGUUAUUUGACCUUUGUGAGAUGUUUGAACUCAGAUUUAUCGCUAUCCAUGACUGUUUCAAGUGGCGCAAGGACAUUCCACUGGAGAAGCUUAAACAACGUUACUAUAGUGUAACAAAACGUAUAGUUGAAUUCCUCUUCGAGGAGAAGAUAAAAAAUGAGAUUAUGAAGCACGGGAACCCGAAUCAUCCCGUGGUAUUGUCACUGAAGGACGAGUCGGCACGUCAUCCUCUGGUCAAGUUCACGUACAACGCAGACCACGACCGUGAUCGUCGUCAAAUGCUUGAGCGUAGUUACAGGAUCACUCCCGAGCAACGAGAAAUGGAAGCUCAGUUGCUGAGUGACAUAAAAGCUGCGGAAUCUCUCCUAAAAUCUGAAGAGAAGAAGAGAAGUGAGAUGAAGAGACUUAAGCGCAAAUUUAACGUAAACGAGUCUGAAGUAAUUCCAACACCCAGACUUGACCAAUUCCAAACAAAACCAGUGUGGCUUGCGAGCUCUUUUAUCUCGUUUUACAAAUCACAACUCACUCAGCAUCAUAAUGACGCUGUGGAUGAAAUGCUAAAUGAACUUAACAUUUCACCCCCAGUUGUUUCUUCACAAGCCUCAAAUGAACUUUAUUGCAUUGUUCGAGGAGAUGCCGCGAUAAUGAUAAACAUAGUUAAUAAAGUGGAGAGCUUACGUAAGGAGUUGGAUCACUGGAAACAGUUGACAAAUCAGCCUACGGAACCUGAAGCUGCAAAGGUUAAGGAAGAACCUUUUCCAGAUACAACUGAUCAUAUGCAGGUGUAUCAGACACCCCUCACACACAGUGUUAUUGCUAAGUCGUUCACUAAACCUAAACCAACAGUCGGCGGAGUAUCUACAGUACAACAAGUACAGCCUGUGCCAACUGUUAACCCACCUACCACAGUUGGAGUACAUGAAGAAGAUCCGAUGCAGCAGUCUCGUCGCAUGAUGGUACAGGGCAUGCCUCCUCAGAUGAAGGGAAUGUAUCCGAUAAAGGCACAGAGUGGUGCUGCAAGUCCGCAGGCCUUCACACAGCAAAUGUACCCCCAGUUUCAGCAACAAAUGUUCCACACUCAGAUGAACCCGCGUGUUAUUCAGCAUCACAUACAACAAAGAAUGAUGCAACAACAACAGUUCCAGCAGCAACAGCAACACUUUCAGCACAUGAUGCCAAUGCAUCAGGAUGCCAAGUUCCAACCAAUUCAUCAGGAUACAAAAUUCCCUCCAAUGCAUCAAGAUUCGCAAAUGGGAACUCCACAAAUGCCUUCAGGACAGUACAACCCAAAUCAAUAUCAAGCUCAAUUCUCACCCUCACAGCGCUAUUACCAAACACAUAACCAACAAAUGAUGCAUCACAUGGGACUACAAAAAGGCCCAAACACCAAUCAAAAAUAAGUGACGAUACCGCUAAUCACAGUGUUACUACUAUGUAAUUACCAAAAGGGUUAAAUCGCCAAAUCAUGUUUUAAAGGUGUAUUUUUAACAUUGUAACUGCUUGGAUUAAAUUAUAAACAAGUAAUUUAUAAAAUGUGUAAAAAUAAUUUGAAUUAUCCAAUAAGGCGAAUAAUGUAAAAAUAGUGUAAGGGAUA